GACGCCGAGCGGUGCAGCCAGAGCUUGGCUGGGGGCGCCGAGGGCAGGAGCAGGAAAGAACCAUGUCCCCAGGCUGCCCGCGCCUGUGGGUCCUGCUGGUCCUGGGCUCCAGCUGGGCAGGCUGGGGGGCCCCGGGGGCCGAGGCCGCGCGGCUGAGGCAGUUCUAUGUGGCUGCGCAGGGCAUCAGCUGGAACUACCACCCGGAGCCCACAAACCCCAGUUUGAAUCCUUUUGCAACAACUUUUAAGAAAAUUGUCUACAGAGAGUAUGAAGCAUAUUUUCAUAAAGAAAAACCACAAUCUAAAACUUCAGGACUUCUUGGGCCUACUUUAUAUGCUGAAGUUGGAGACAUCAUGAGAGUUCACUUUAAAAAUAACGCAGACAAGCCCUUAAGCAUCCAUCCUCAAGGGAUUAAGUACAGUAAAUCCUCAGAAGGUGCCUCCUACUCUGACCACACGUUCCCUGCUGAGAAGCUGGAUGAUGCUGUAGCUCCCGGCCAUGAAUAUACCUACGAGUGGACCAUCAGUGAGGACAGUGGGCCCACAAAGGAUGACCCGCCAUGCCUUACCUACAUCUACUACUCCUAUGAAAAUCUGAUACAGGACUUCAACUCUGGGCUGAUUGGACCUCUGCUUAUUUGUAAGAAAGGUACCCUCACCGAGGACGGGAGUCAGAAGAUGUUUGACAGGCAGCAGGUGCUCAUGUUUGCUGUGUUUGAUGAAAGCAAGAGCUGGAGCCGCUCAUCAUCCGUCAUGUACACAGUCAACGGCUAUGUGAACGGGACGAUGCCAGAUAUCACCGUUUGUGCCCAGGACCACAUCAGCUGGCAUCUGAUCGGCAUGAGCUCUGGACCAGAACUCUUCUCCAUUCACUUCAAUGGCCAGGUCCUGGAGCAGAACCGUCACAAGGUCUCAGCCGUGACCCUCGUCAGCGCUACGUCCACGACUGCUAACAUGACGAUGGGCCCGGAGGGGAAGUGGAUCAUCUCUUCUCUCAUCCCCAAGCACUUUCAAGCUGGGAUGCAGGCUCGCAUCAACAUUGAGAACUGUGCCAAGAAGACGCGGAGUCCUAAGUGGCUGACGCCGGAGCAGCGGCGGCACAUGAAGAGGUGGGAAUACUUCAUCGCUGCGGAGGAAGUCAUCUGGGACUACGCACCCUUCAUUCCAGUGAACAUGAACAAAAAAUACAGAUCUCUGCACUUGGAUAAUUUCUCCAACCAAAUUGGAAAACAUUAUAAGAAGGUUGUGUACAAACAGUACCAAGAUGAGACCUUCACCAAACGCCUGGAGGAGUCCAGAAACAUUGAAGACGGGAUCUUGGGCCCUAUUAUCAGAGCCCAGGUCAGAGACACGCUCAAAAUCACAUUCAAAAAUAUGGCCAGCCGCGCCUACAGCAUUUACCCUCAUGGCGUGACCUUCUCUCCUUUGGAAGAAAAAGUCAACUCUUCCUCCGCCUCAGGCAGUAACACCAUGGUCAGAGCAGUUCAACCAGGGGAAACCUACACUUAUAAAUGGAAUAUUCUGGAGUCUGAUGAGCCCACAGACAAAGACGCCCAGUGCUUAACAAGACCGUACUACAGUGAUGUGGACGUCACAAGGGACAUUGCCUCUGGACUCAUAGGGCUACUUCUGAUUUGUAAGAGCAGAUCCCUGGACACGCGAGGCAUACAGAGGGCAGCAGACAUCGAGCAGCAGGCUGUGUUUGCUGUGUUUGAUGAGAACAAGAGCUGGUACAUUGAGGACAACAUCAACAAGUUUUGUGAGAAUCCUGAGGAGGUGAAGCGUGACGACCCUAAGUUUUAUGAGUCAAACAUCAUGAGCACCAUCAAUGGCUACGUGCCCGACAGCAUCUCCAUACUCGGGUUCUGCUUUGACGACACCAUCCAGUGGCACUUCUGCAGCGUGGGGACCCAGGAUGACUUUCUGACCAUCCACUUCACUGGGCACUCCUUCAUCUACGGGAAGAGGCAUGAAGACACCUUGACGCUCUUCCCCAUGCGCGGGGAAUCGGUGACCGUCACGAUGGAUAAUGUGGGAACUUGGAUAUUAACUACCAUGAAUUCUAAUCCAAGAAGCAAAAACCUACGGCUGAGAUUCAGGGAUGCUAAGUGUAACCGGAAUGAUGAAGAUGAAGAAUAUGACUUUGAAAUAUACAAACCUCCACCAUCUACACCGAUGACUACACGGAAAGUGCAUGAGUUUCCGGAAAACCAGGGUGAAAUAGAUGAGACUGAAGAUGAUUACUUGGCUUCGUUAUAUGGAAUUAGGUCAUUCAGAAAUUCAUCACUGAAUCAGGAGGAAGAUGAGUUCAAUCUUACUGCCCUAGCCCUGGAGAACACCUCUGAAUUCAUCCCUCCAAGUACUGAUACAGCCGUUGAUUCAAAUUCUUCUUCCCCAAGUGACAGCGAGCUCAUUGACAAUAAGUUUGCAGAACCUAACAAAACCCUUCCUCACCCUGAAACCACCACAGCUGGUCCUCAGGUGGGGCACAGCUUAGAAAAGAGCUCAGUUCUCGGCCCUUCCACAGCAGAGAAUUCCAGACCUUAUUCUGAAGUCCCUAUAGAGGAUCCUCUACAGCCAAAGGUCACAGGGACAAGCCUCCUACCACUUGGUGCAGAAGGAUUCAGAAGCCAAGGGAAUGCUCAACAUAAGGGAUUGGAGGCAAGGCACAGGUUCUCCCGGAUGAAAUUUCUAGGACAUAAAACAGGGAGAUAUUUAAGCCAAGGCAACUCUUCUUCCAUCAUGGAGCCCUGGAAGGACCUUCCCAGUGAUCUCUUAAAACACAAGACUCUCUCUAAGAAUUUGAAUGGGAAAUGGCAUUUGGUUUCUGAAAAAGGUAGCUAUGAAAUAAUCCCCGAGGCUGAUGAAGACAUGGCGGUUAAUAAGCUUCGGAACAGCCCCCAGACUGCCUCAAGGACAUGGGGAGAACGCAUCCCUCUUACCAACAAGCAUGGAGAGCAAGGUGGCCACCCAAAGUUUCCUGGAAUUAGACAUAAAUUUCUACAAACAAGACCUGGAGGAAGCAGUAGAGUGAAGAACAGCACUUUUCUCAUUCGGACACGAAAAAGGAAGCCUGCACACCACACUCCUCUCUCUCCAAGGAACUUUCCCAGAGGAGAGGGCAACCUCACCCUCCCAGACGCCCUUCACAAGGUCAAGGAGACGUCUCUUCCCACCGACCUCGCCCAGACAUUGCCCCGUGGGAAUCUCAGCCUGGUAGCCUCACUUCCCGACCAUAAUCUCAGUCUCCCAGAUAGCACUGGUCAGACAAGCUUCUCACCAGACAUGUAUCAGACAAUGCCCCCUGAACAGUUCUACCAAAUGUUCUGGAGUCAAGACUCUGAUCAAACACAGUUCCCUCCAAGCCCCAGUCAUGCAGCUUCUCCAGAGCCUGGCCAGAUGCCUGACUAUGAUGGAGGAACCCAGUCCUUCCCUACCAACACUGGACAAGGGUCCCCUUCCUUAGAACGUGAAGUCUGGCAGACAGCCAUCCCUCCAGAACUUAGUCAGACAACCCUUUCCCCUGACAUCGGCCAGACGACCCUUUCCCCUGACAUCGGCCAGACGACCCUUUCCCCUGACCUUGGCCAGACGACUCUUUCCCCUGACCUUGGCCAGACGACCCUUUCCCCUGACCUUGGCCAGACGACCCUUUCCCCUGACCUCGGCCAGACGACCCUUUCCCCUGACAUCGGCCAGACAACCCUUUCCCCUGACCUCGGCCAGACGACCCUUUCCCCUGACAUCGGCCAGACAACCCUUUCUCCUGACCUUGGCCAGAUGACCCUUUCCCCUGACAUCGGCCAGACAACCCUUUCCCCUGACCUUGGCCAGAUGACCCUUUCCCCUGACCUUGGCCAGAUGACCCUUUCCCCUGACCUCGAUCAGACGACCCUUUCCCCUGACCUCAGCCAGGAGACCCUCUCUCCAGACUUCAGACAUGCAACUCUCUCUCCAGAUAUCACUCAGACAGGCCUUCCUCCUGAUCUCAGGCAGACAUCACCUCCUCCAGACCUUGGUCAAACAGCCUACAUUUCUGAAUCCAGUCCGUCCUCCCCUCUUCCAGAAUUUGAUCCUACUUUUCCUUAUUCAGACUUUGGUCAGAUGCCUUCUCCGCAACCAUCUCCUUCACUAAAUAACACUUCGAUAGCAAGUGAAUUUAAUCCACCCAUUGUGUUUGGCUUCAGUGGGGAAGAUGGAGAAUACAUUGAGAUUACACCGAGGGAGAAACAACAGAGCAGUGAAGAAGACGUUUAUGAAAUAGUUACUGUGACCUUCAAUAACCCUUACCAAACCGAUAUUAGGACAGACAUCAACUCCUCCAGAAAUCCGGACCGCAUUGCAGCAUCGUACCUCCGCAGCAGCAACGGGAACAGAAAAUAUUACUACAUUGCUGCGGAAGAAAUAUCCUGGGAUUACGCAAAAUACGCACAAAGUGACAUGGAUAACGAAGACACUGAUGAGGUUCCAGAGGACACCAUAUACAAGAAAGUUGUUUUCCGAAAGUACCUGGAUGGCACUUUCACCCAACGGGACCCUCAGGGAGAGUCUGAAGACCAUCUUGGCAUUCUUGGUCCUGUUAUUAGAGCUGAGGUGGAUGACGUUAUCCAAGUUCGUUUUAAAAACUUAGCAUCCAGACCGUAUUCUCUUCAUGCCCAUGGGCUUUCCUAUGAAAAGUCAUCGGAGGGAAAGAAUUAUGAAGAUGAGUCUUCCAAGUGGUUUCAGGAAGACAAUGCUGUUCAGCCAAACAGCAGCUACACCUACGUAUGGCACGCCAUCGGGAGAGCGGGACCAGAGAACCCCGGCUCUGCCUGCCGGGCGUGGGCCUACUACUCAGCAGUGAACACGGAACGGGACAUCCACUCGGGCCUGAUAGGCCCCCUUGUGAUCUGCCGGAAAGGAACGCUGAACAGGGAGAGCGGAAUGCCCGUGGACAUGAGGGAGUUCGUCUUGCUUUUCAUGGUCUUUGAUGAAAAGAAGAGCUGGUACUAUGAGAAGAAACACCAAAGUUCCUGGAGAAGUGGAUCCUCAGAAGCAAAGCCCUCCCACACGUUCCAUGCCAUCAACGGGAUGAUCUACAAGUUGCCUGGCCUGAGGAUGUACGAGCAGGAGUGGGUGAGGUUGCACCUGCUGAACGUGGGCGGCUCCCGGGACAUCCACGUGGUUCACUUCCACGGCCAGACCCUGCUGGAAAACGGUAAUCGCCAACGUGAUGUGCAAUGCUGUCCUUCACUCUCUAUUUUAGGUUCAUUUAAAACUCUUGAAAUGAAGGCAUCAAAACCUGGCUGGUGGCUCCUAAACACGGAGGUCGGAGAAAACCAGGUAGCAGGGAUGCAAACGCCAUUUCUCAUCAUAGACAGAGAAUGUAAGAUGCCACUGGGACUAAGCACAGGCCUCAUAGCUGAUACCCAGAUCAAGGCGUCGGAGUUUGUGGGUUACUGGGAGCCCAAAUUAGCAAGAUUAAACAAUGGUGGAUCAUAUAAUGCAUGGAUGACAGAAAAAACUUCAGAAUUUUACUCUAAACCUUGGAUCCAGGUGGACAUGCAAAGGGAAGUCGUAUUCACAGGCAUCCAGUCCCAAGGUGCCAAACACUACCUGACGUCCUACUUCACCACCGAGUUCUGCGUGGCCUACAGCUCCGACCAGACCAACUGGCAGAUUUUCAAAGGGAACAGCACAAGGAACGUGAUGUAUUUUGAUGGCAACUCCGAUGCCUCUACAGUAAAAGAAAACCUGUUUGACCCACCGAUUGUGGCAAGAUACAUUAGGGUCUAUCCAACCAGAUUCUACCACAGACCUGCCCUGCGCCUGGAGCUGCAAGGCUGCGAGAUUAAUGGAUGCUCCACCCCACUGGGUAUGGAAAGUGGGAAGAUAGAAGACGCGCAAAUCACAGCUUCCUCGUUUAAAAAGUCCUGGUGGCGAGAUUACUGGGAGCCCUCCCGUGCCCGCCUGAAUGCCCAGGGCCGUGUGAAUGCCUGGCAAGCCAAGGCAAACAACAACAAGCAGUGGUUACAAAUCGAUCUGCUCAAAAUCAAGAAGAUAACUGCGAUUGUUACGCAGGGUUGCAAGUCCCUCUCCUCUGAAAUGUACGUGAGGAGCUACGCCGUCCACUACAGUGACCAGGGAGUGGAAUGGAAGCCUUACAGGCAGAAAUCCUCCAUGGUGGACAAGAUUUUUGAAGGAAAUAGUAAUAUCAAAGGGCAUGUGAAGAACUUUUUCAACCCUCCAAUCAUUUCCAGGUUUAUCCGUAUCAUCCCGAAAACGUGGAAUCAAAGUAUUGCCCUUCGCCUGGAGCUCUUCGGCUGUGAUAUUUACUAGAAUUGAAUAUUCAGAGAGACAGGAAGGACUCUUAAACAUAUCAAGCCACUUAGAGUGGGCAAUGUAUUUUAUAGCUAUGUUAAAUUCUCUAUUAGAGAAUAAAAUUUUAUAUGUGAAAUUUUUAUAAUGUAACUCCUGGCUACCAUUAAUUGAGAUGAUAGCUGUUAUUUUUGCAUUAAUUUGAAUGUAAAUGGGAAAAUAACAAGAACCAACAAGAAAAUGGCUUAUCUUUCACAAUGAUUAAAUAUGCUCUAUAAAGUAAUAUUCUAUUCAAGUAGUUAACAUGCUUCACCAUAGUUCUUUUAAACCCUGAACAUAUUAAUAAAAGAGAUAUUAAUGUUUAAAACCAUA